UAAUUUAUAAGCUUAGUAUUGUGGCCACUGAAUGUUUGAAUUAAGCCAAUGCAUACUACUAACCUGCUGGGCUAAGGGAUUUGGGUUGAUUUUGGGCUUUAGCAUUCACGUGCCAUAGCCCAGCCCGUAAAAUUGUUUUAUCACCUCCUUGUCUGUUCAUCUUUUUCCUAUGGCACUGUCAGAGCUGCAUGCACUCUCUGCUCUGCUUCUUGCCCAGUUUUUCACUGCAGUUGACGCUGGCUAGCGUUUUCUUCUUCUUUUUUUUUUUUUUUUUGUUCUUGUCCAUCUCUCUUUGGCGAAGUUUAGCAUGCGAAGUGCUUCGCAUGAGGUCUCCUUAGCUUGCAGGAGACAUUCUCGCGAGCAUGCAUUGUCCGUAUCGUUCUCGAUCCUCCUGAUCUCUCCUUCUGGGGCCAGGCUUUCCGAUUUUCACUUCCUUGCAGACUCGGGGAAUGUAAACAGCGGUAUGUCUCUGUCUAUCCGAUCAAGUUUAGACCGUGAAGAUAGUUAUACUUGUUCUGUGUAUACUUCAGAUGAGUGUGAAGGAGCCUGUCCUACUCAUAAGUUGGCUUCAACCUCCCUGGAAAAACUGCAAAAGAGAACAGCAAUAAGCUUAUGUAGGAACUUGCUUUGCUAGAGAGAAGCUAAAAGACAACAAUUAAAUAGCACAAGAAGGGAAGUAGAAAGCCAGCUGCACAUGCAAGCCAUCUGUGAAAAGUCUAUGGAGAUGGUACAGAGAGUGAAUGAAUGGAGCACAACUUACUAAGAGGUAUUUUUCAAGGUGAGCAUCUAUCUUCAUGUUGAUGGUUUCUUUUUCAGUCUCAAUUCUCAAGCCACCAGCAGAAUGGCUACCUAUAUAAAGUAAAUUGGGUUGGCUCCUCUUUUCUUUUUUCUUUUUUUCCUUUUUUUUUCUUUUUAAAUUUAUCGUCUUGUAUACAGUGAUGCCUAUCCCCUUGCCACCAAAAGUAUAGGAUUUUGUCUUCUCAUGUAAGAAGAUAGGUUUGAAAUUUGCAAAAUUGAUAGAGUUUGUGAUAUUUGUAAUGUUUUUAUUGUAUUAUAUUGUCUUGAGGAAGGUAUUGAGAGUAGAAAAAUUGAUUCCUACUCUCCACCAGGAAGUCCAAAACUUUAUUUGUA